AUGGAUACUGAAAAGGUGGAAAACGUGAACGAAGUGGAUGUGGUUGACUAUCAGGAGAAGCAGGCGGGAUUUACCUCCGCCGAGCCAGACCUUACAGCGGAGGAGAGGAAGCUUGAGAAACGCUUGCUUCUCAAAGCUGAUAUCCUGAUUGUGGGAAUUACUUCCUUGGUGUUUCUUGUCAACCAAUGGGAUCGAGGAAACAUUGGCAACGCUCGUGUAAUGGGACUUCAGAAAGACCUCAAUAUCAGCAACAGCCAAUUCUACGACGCUGUGUCUCUAUACUAUGUGGGCUAUGUCAUCUGCAUCAUCCCAGCCAACCUUUCCAUCCGAUUCUUCAAAGCCCAUCGACAAAUUGGCGGCUGCGUCAUUAUAUUUGCCACACUCUCAUGCUGCAUGGCUGCUGCAAAGAAUGCGACUACUAUUCUGGCCCUCCGAAUUUUGUUCGGUUUUGCAUCUACAUUCCUUCAAGCCCUUACUUUAUAUACCAGCCUAUGGUACAAGCGCAACGAACUGGCCAUUCGAAGCGGAGUGUUUUACUCCGCAGCAACAAUCGCCGGUGGCUUCAGCGGCCUCAUUGCCUAUGCCAUCCAAAAGAAUCUAGAUGGUGCUUUGGGACAUGCAGCCUGGCAGUGGCUGUUUAUCAUCCAGGGAUGUGCCGGCAUUUUUGUCGGAAUCUGUGGCUGGCUGUUGCUCCCUCCUCCUCCUGAUCAGAUCAAGGAUUUGAAGCACUGGAUCUUUUCCAAAGCUGAACUUGAAGUGGCUAUCAAACGCCUCAAGACCUACAACAAGGCCGGUGCUGGAUUCGAUAAGCGUCAGAUGCUGGCUGCCUUCAAAGACCCAAAGGUAUACUGUUGUUCGCUCAUGAACGCUGGGAUUUCUCUCGGUCUGGCCUCGAUCAGUGCGUUCCUGCCAAGCUUCAUUCAGCAGUUCAACUUUUCCCCUGCCCGGACCCAGCUCUUCUCCAUCAUACCGUACGCCUGCGCCUUCGUCACCCUCCUCGUUGUCAACACCGCAUCCGACCGCACAAACGUAAAGGGACCCUUCUUGAUGCUUUGCUUUGGCUUUUCGAUCACGGGCUACAUAGUUCUCAUGGCGGUGACGAGCGUCAAGGCCAAGAUCUUUGGCACUUGUCUCAUCACCAUGGGUGUUUUCCCCUGUGUCACUCUCCUGGGAGCUUGGACGAGCAUCAAUGUCGGUGGCUUCACGAAGCGUGCCAUGACAUGGGGGACUGCGGAAGUCGUGGGCCAGUGCUUUGCCAUUUUGGCUUCGCACAUCUAUACUGAUCCUCCGCGUUACAUCAAGGGCCAUGCCAUCAGCUUGUCGUUUCAGAUUGUGGGCUUUUUAUCUGCCCUUGUCAUGUGGAUCUACAUGCGAUGUAUGAACGUCAAGAAGGAAAGAGAGGCUGCUGAACAUCAGGCAGCGGGUACCGUUCAUCCCAUGAGAUACCAGUCUCUUGAGGAGGUUUACGACCACCAUCCUGAUUUUCGAUAUAUUCUGUAA